CACAAAAACAUACACAUUAUAUACAUCACUGCCCGGCACGUUGUCGCCGGAGAAACAUUGACGUCACUGUUGCGGCCAGAGGUUUACACGAGCUGACACACUGUAUAAGGAAGCGAAGUUGAUCACACGGGUGGAAACUCAGAAACUGUGAAUUGGCAAUGCAGGCUUUCCUCCAUAGGUCGUAGCGGAUAUCAGAGAAAAGGGUACAGUUGAUCAGGAAAUGGGUCUCGUCUUCAACUUGAUGUUUAUCACAGAACUGACAUAUACGGUCAUUAAGUGGGGUAAUCGGUCGCCGGAAUCUGCCGAGCUCAAUUUCUAAAGCACGGUGGGACAUGUGGACAUGUGGACUGGUGAUGUUGAUUGUCGUCUGUCGGGCGAUUGGACAUGGUCCCAAGGCCGCUCUCAUCAUUAUUGACGUUCAAGACUGUUUCUUGGAAAAAGGGAGCCAGCCAGUCCCUGAUGGGAAAGAAGUCAUUCCAAUUAUCAACAGUAUACGCAGUGCACAUGAGAGCGCCUUUUCAAUGGUUGUCUUAUCUCAGGAUUGGCACUGUUCAGACCAUGUUUCAUUUGCGUCCCAACAUCCAGGUCACAAGCCUUAUGACGUGGUCACGCUGCAGUAUGACGCUGAAGGGCAUCUGUGUACCAGUGCACACUCCUGCAGCCAAGUUCACCUCAACCUCACCCAGAGACUGUGGCCCGACCACUGCAUCAUGAACGUAACGUCCGGCCCGACGUCAUCAGGGAUCGACAAAAGGCUUACAAGGAACCCAUAUGAUGAGAUCGUAUGGAAGGGAAAUGACUGUCAGGUGGAUUCCUACUCUGCAUUUAACUCCAAUGGAGGUCUGCGACACACACGGCUACAUCGACUGCUACAGCGUAACAGCAUCAGCGAGGUGUACGUUGUGGGACUUGCCCUGGACUACUGUGUAUACUACACAUCAGUGGACGCCCACAACCUAGGCUACAAGACUUAUACAGUCAUUGAUGCUGCAAGGGGCGUGGCAGUGAACUCGACAAAAACAGCCACUGCGAACCUUAAAACCAAAGGCAUUCAAGUGAUAAAAUCAUCCUCUCUGGCUGCCCUCUUGGGUGUGAGCGGGGCCCCUGCACAACCACAACCACACACUAAAUAUCUACUGCUUCUGCUAGGUAUCAUACAUGUAUAUAUACCGUAAAACGGCAACACCAUCAAUAGACGCCUUUAGUUUCUCCUUCAGAUAUUCCCAAUCGUGGAUCGAUGCUCAUGAGGUCAAUCACUGGACUGUCUGGUCCAGACUCGAAUAUUUACAGAACGCCGUCAUAAAGCUGGAAUGUUGCUGAGUGCGGCGUUAAACAACAAACAAACAAACAAUGAAUGGAUAAGAAAAGGAAGGACUACCUAUAGGUGCAACAUUUGCUUUAAUGAUUUUAUUUCUUUUUAGAGUACACAAACAAUAAGUUUACAGAAUAUAGUUCACAUGCAAUCUUAAAUAUUUUUUUAAUUUGAAGUUUACACGAUAUACGGCUUUUCCAUUGGACGAGAGGUCGGUCACAUGACCGCGAAAUUGACGUCCAUAAGUGUAUGAACGGCACAAUUUGACGUUCAUACGUUUUUCACGAGACUGUGUACUUGAAAUGACGCAAACCCUGACGGACUUCUUACACAUUCAUGGGGAAACCCCCUGGGAAUUCCCUAGCACGAAAACAAACAUAAGCGUUCUUUCUGAUCUUUUAGAACCUUUAAUCUUGGUCUCAGCGUUUCAGUAUGCAUUGAGAAAACUCAGAGAGCUUGACUGCAUGAUUGU